AUGGCGGCGAGUAGUUCUAGUGGCGCAGCAAACAUCGCGCCGAGCGGCCUUGACGAACUCAUCGUGCCAGAACAAACCAUCGACGACGCUGGCUUUGACAAAAUCAACAACCUUCUCCAUGCCUGUCCACAGCUAUCGAAAUGGCACGGCCGCCCGCGGACCUUCUCGCUGCUGCGAAUGGCGGGAUGCGCUGAUGACAACGAGAUUGCGGCCGCCUUCAUCUCACAAGGCAUCAAUGACCGAUGCAUCCCAUUCUCCCCGAAAUACCUUCCUGCAGCCAUCAGUUCAGACCCAGAACUGCUUGACCGCGUGCUGAAGUACCAGCCUUUUGUUCUCACGAGACUUGGGACUGCUGAUUCUUUCCACGGCUCCAGCUUUGUGCUCGAAGAAAGCACCGGCCGCCAUAGGUACAUUGAGGAUGGCCAGCUCUUCUUCGACCAACUGAAACUCCUUGGAAAUGGUGCUAGCGCUCAGGUUCAUCGUGUUGAGCACAAAGACUCCAAAGUCCACUUUGCUAGAAAGAGUAUCGAAAGAGGAGGUAGUUUGAAAAAGCAACAAUCGCAGCUCCAAGAGUUCGAGCAAGAGUUGAAUACACUUCGGAAACUGCAUCAUCGACAUCUUGUACGCUGCUACGGUAGCUAUACAGAUAAGACUAGCUUUGCUCUGCUGAUAUGGCCUAUUGCGGAUCAUGAUGCUCAUAAGCCGUUACAUGAGCAGAUUCCAGCCCAGCUCACAAUCACAGACCGGGACAACCUACGGCGCGCUUUUGGAUGUCUUACGAGCGGAGUGGUGUACGUACACAAGAACCUAAUUCGUCACAAAGACAUCAAACCGGGCAACAUCCUUGUCAGCAACAAUUCCGUGUAUCUGUGCGACUUCGGCGUGUCUAUGGCUUGGUCCACGCAGGAACGUAGCACGACCGAGGACAAAGUGUUUAAACACACGGAGAAGUACAGUCCUCGCGAAGUUGCCGAUGCAGAGCCAAGAAAUACCGCGGCUGACAUCUGGUCUCUUGGAUGCGUAUUCUUGGAGAUGAUUACCGUUAUCAAAGGUGUCUCUGUGAAAGAAAUGGAGGCGUUCCUUCUCCAACGCUGUGACCACUUCAAGGCUUACUGGCAUGCGACAGACGAAAUACCCGCUUGGUUAGACUAUUUGAAGACUGUGACUGGCACUUUUUCCGACCACGAUGAAAAUGACGAUGCGCCUCUGGAGUGGGUGAGACUGAUGCUCCUAGAUGACCCAAAGAAACGCAUCAAAGCCGAGAAGCUUCUCCGACGCAUCUCGGAUGCAUCUGCAGGAUUGCGAGAGCCUACUCGUUACAUUGGCGAUCGAUGCAAAACCGAACUAGAGACGGGAGAGGACGUGACCUCUAAACCCGAAGCUGAUCAACCUGUCGAGGAGGCGAGACCAAAUGCACAGCCCCAAGAACCUAUCAACUUGACCAUCAAAGGG